AUGGGUGUUCUACAACAUCAUGGACGGCGCGGUUCGCGUGCAUCAGCCCCGUCUUACCGUAACCCAGGCUUUGACCGAGACUUGGACGUCUCAAUCCCAUCGCAGUCGCUGGUGGAACAUGCCAACCUUGGUAGCUCGCCCGGCGGCAUGAUGGAGGCGUCCAGCUACAACGGCUCAAGCUACAGAACCCCCAGCCGUUCAUUUUACCAUCGUUCCUUGAAUACAAAUGCGGACCCGGCUCACUAUGCAUCUGAUGGUGUCCGAGAACAAACGGCCGAGCUUGCAACCUAUGGUCUUUCAUUGAAUAGAAAACCCUCUCGUGGCCGUACCAGCCUGCCCCCCAGCUUGGAUAUCUUUAGAGAACGUCGCUUUUCCACCAUCUCACAGAAUGAUAUUACCAGUUCCUCCUACCCUGUCGUGGAGGAGGCGAUAGAAGAAUCAGAGGCUGCCCCAGAGGAAAUACCUGUGGCUUCGUCCGCCCUGACAGAUAUGAUCCGCCAACCGGGCCAACAACCACAACCGAAAUUCACUGAGAACCAUGGCAAACCUCUUUCAGAGAUCGAACCCUUUCCUCCUCUACCUACGAUACCUACGAUUCCCAAUGAACCUGAGACUCGAGACACAGAACGGACCUCAUUACUGGCGAAGACACGAUCAAAGUCCCCGCAUCACUACGGAACAGUGGACGAUGUCGAGAAUCAAGGCGACGUCAUUGACCGGCCACCUAAUACUUUUGCAAAGGGGUUUGCUACAGCUACCGAAUACUCUCGUAUAAUAACCAACCCCAAGACUUGGAAUCGCCCUGCGAUUUGGCAGGAGGGAGUAGUGCGUCCGGUCAGCUUUCUUCCUGCAGUUUUGCUCGGCCUUUUACUCAAUGUCCUCGACGCCCUUUCGUAUGGAAUGAUUUUAUUCCCCCUGGGUGAACCGAUCUUCGCAGAUCUUGGUUGUGAUGGAAUAUCGAUGUUUUAUGUCAGCACUAUUAUUGCCCAGGUGGUAUUCUCAUGUGGUGGUUCGAUAUUCAAGGGAGGAGUUGGCAGUGAAAUGAUUGAAGUGGUACCAUUCUUUCACCAAAUGGCAUUCGCUAUCAUGAAUAGGAUUGGACAAGAUAACCCGCAGUCUGUCAUAGCGACUACAAUCCUCGCCUUUUCAGUCAGCUCGGUUAUGACCGGCCUGGUAUUCUUUUUAAUGGGAGUGUGUGGGCUAGGCUCGCUCAUUGGAUUCUUUCCACGCCACAUCCUUAUUGGUUGUAUAGGUGGUGUUGGUUACUUCCUCCUUCAAACCGCCGUCGAGGUCUCUGCUCGCCUGCCCGGAUCUCUUGAAUAUAACCUACCAACGUUGCAGAAACUUUUCCACGCUGACACGGUUGCUCUUUGGAUAAUACCGCUUUCUCUCGCGGUUGGUCUCCUCAUUUUAAAGCGUUUUAUUCGAUCCAACUUUCUCGUUGGUGUUUAUUUCAUUCUCGUUGGUGUGAUGUUUUAUGUUGUUGUUCUGUGUGCUGGAAUUUCCAUGGAUACUCUCCAUCAGAAAGGCUGGGCUUUUAAUGCCCCUUCGUCUAAUUAUCCAUGGUACCACUUUUACAGCCUCUAUGAUUUCUCGGCUGUCGAUUGGACCGCCUUUGCGGAUACACUACCAGCUAUGUUCGCGUUGACUUUCUUUGGUGUUCUUCAUGUGCCUAUCAAUGUUCCCGCUCUGGGGAUUUCGACUGGAGAAGAUAAUCUAAAUGUUGACAAUGAACUCAUGGCCCAUGGAGUGACAAAUGCCCUUUCGGGAUUUACGGGCAGCAUUCAGAAUUACCUUGUCUACACCAACAGUCUUCUCUUCAUGGCCAGCGGUGGUACAUCUCGUUUGGCUGGUCUUAUGCUCGCAGCAGCAACAGCUGGUAUUCUGGUUAUAGGCCCAGUCAUUAUUGGGUAUAUCCCAGUAAUGGUUGUCGGCGCUUUGAUCUUCCUGCUCGGUAUUGAACUACUAGAAGAAGCCUUAGUGGACACAUGGGGUAAGCUGUCGAGGCUAGAGUACCUAACAGUUAUCAUCAUCGUCGUGACCAUGGGCGCUUGGGAUUUUGUUAUCGGCAUUUUCGUUGGUAUCAUCCUAGCGUGUGUCAAUUUCGUGGUUCAAACUUCCCGCAAAUCUGCCAUCCGAGCAACCUUCUCGGGAGAGAUCGCAGGAUCGACCGUCCGUCGUCCACCGAUCCAGCAGGAGUUCCUCCAUGAAGCUGGACAGCAAACCCUUAUCAUGAAACUUGGGGGUUACCUGUUCUUUGGAACAAUCGUCAAUAUGGAGAACACUAUGCGUGGCCUAAUCCAGGACGAAGCAUUUAGCAAACAACCCAUCAGAUUCUUGAUAUUGGACUUUUCCCGAGUUUAUGGACUGGACUUCUCCGCCGCUGAGGCUUUCACCCGCAUUAAUCGCAUUCUUCGCAAGCGAAACGUUCAAACAACAAUAUCCGGCCUUAAUCUCGAAGGCGAUGUUGGAAAGAGUCUCGAAAACGUGGGUCUGUUUGAACCGGAAUCUGGUGUACCCAUCUUCGAAGAUUUGAAUUCCGCCCUCGAGUUCUGCGAGAACGAUUAUCUUAAGGUCUUCUACAGUCGCCAGGAGGCACUUAUCAACAAAUCCCUACAAUCUGCCCCAUCUAAUACCCUCCAUGUCCCCGUCCCUAACCCACCAAACAACCAACCAAGUCUCUCCGACCCCAUGGUCAACUCCCCACGAGGCCAAUACCUCCAAAGAGUGGCAACUACCACAAUCCGCGAACACGAAACCUCAAUGAGCAUGAUGACCGCCCCCGCCUGGUCCACAAUGCGCCAGCCCCUUCCUCUCCUCCUUCAAACCUUCCAAGGCCUCUCUAGUCAGAACGAAGACUUCUGGUUUCCCGCUUGCGCCUAUUUCUCACGCGAAGUCUAUCCCGCCGGAACAAUCUUGUACCAUGAAGGUGACGUCCCGCGCGCUUUCUAUCUGCUUGAGUCUGGAAUGCUCCGGUGCGAGUACGAUCUCCCUCAGGGCCGGUACUAUGAGCUUGUUGUGGCUGGCCGACCAUGCGGCGAGCUUCCAUUCUUCAGCGAUACCCGCCGCACGGCUACGGUGAAAGCAGAGCAUGAAUGUGUUGCUUGGUGUUUGAGCGAUCAGAAAUGGAAGGCUCUCCAGGAGGCAGAACCGCGAUUGGCUCGUGAACUGCUAACUGUUAGUCUGAAGCUGACGACUGAGCGUAUGGAUUGUAUUACUUCGUAUGUGUACCCUGCCAUAUCCUUUAUCUAUAUUUGA